CAUUAAACUCUCUGCUAUCGUGAUAGCUGAAGCAACGGAUCCCGCAUCCGGCAGGCCAGCCGGGCCGUGUGCGCGGUGGGAACGGGCUUCCCAAAAAGCCAGCCCCAAUUUCAUUCCCAUUUCGAUUCCAAGAGUUUCUCCACAAGCUAUUUCCGAUUUUAAUUCCAAUUUCUCUAAAGUUCCAAUUGAAUGUUCUCCUCGAUUUCAUUCUCAUUUCCAACUAUCCUCAUUUCUGAUUGCAUGUUAAAUUAAAUGCAGUUUUUUUGACUUAGUCCAGGCUCGGUGUUGCUCAAGACCAAGGCUCUGGUAAUCUUUACUUGACUCUGGUGACAGCGUAGGCGUUGUCCAGCAACUUCUGCAACUCCGAUCUCCUUCUCUCUUUCGAUUAUUGAAGAAGGUUCUUCUCGCUGGUAAACAACGCUCUUCAUUGGAAUUGAUUUCAUCCUUCCACAGCUGUCAACAUUGGAAAGUUAAUCUGGGAACACCAAUAGGCAUGCAGCCAAAAUAUCCCUCGGAGUUCCAUUCAUUCAGGUUCAAGGUCUUGCAUCAAAUCAGUAGGCUUCAAACUUUGAAAUGGACAUAUGUUAAACAUAGGAAAUACAUGUAAAAUCAACAUACAGCCGAGUAGCAAUAGUAAACAAAGAGGCGUACAAUUCUAUGGUUAGUGUACAUAACAGUGGAUUAUGAGAUUAUUCAAGGUAGAGAAAGCCAAAACUAGAGUUCAACCUUCUUGCUUAAAAGAGGAGAAAUGAUCUCUAAAAUCUUAAGUAAAGCCGAUUUCUUUUUUGAUUCACAGCUCUGCUUAGAUUCUGAUUGUGAAGAUUUCUUCAGUGUCAAUGGGGAUCCUACCCCUUCUCAAGAUAACACUCUCAUGCGUCCUAAAAGGUCCAUAGAAAAUUCUGUACCAGACAAAGCUCCUGGAGUGGAUGAUGAACCUUCACCAAAUGAUAUGAAAAAACAACUAAUUGAGCUCUUUUGUGAAAGCUUCAACAGUAUUGCCUCUGUGAAUGUUGAUCAAAAUUUAGGUCAGCCAGAAGACAAACCUGCAAACCUUGCCCAACAACACAGACCCAAGUAUGACACUUGGAGUCUAGAUUGAAUCACCCAAUCUAGAAAUGAUGCUCGAGAUAGAGAAGCCGGUUGCUGAACUGGGUUUGGAGAAUUAGAGGGGAGAAGAUAGUUUUCGAGAGUUGGGUAUGUUUUUGACUUGGCUUUCAUAAUUCUUAGUUCCUUUGUUUUGGUAAUUGUAUUAUGAGUGGGUUUGUUACUUUGAUUGAAGGUGUUUGUUGGUUUGGUCUACUGUUGAUUACAUGUGCUUGUUAUGUGUUUGUGCAAAUGUCUCCAUUAGGAGUUUUAACUAAAUCUUUAUGGUGUUGUGUUUUAGUAGCUACAUCUCAAUGAACUUUUGAAGUUCUU